CUCCGAGACUACUUUGAGCUCUCGACUCUCCAACCAAAUUCUACUCACUGACCGUUCCAAGGGUCAAACGCUGCACCAACGAACCAGCCUCCUGAGCAUCCAUUCCACGGGCAGAUCAGCUCCCCGAGCCUCCUUCCAGUCAUGAGGAGUUCAGACCUGCUGUUCCUGCUGUUGAUGUCCUCCUGCCUUCCUGUCUUGAGCGCUCCACCAGGUGAUUCCACGGACUCUUCUCUUGACGAGGAACAACCGAACCAACAAUCCAAAAAAGAACAAGCCAAAGAAGUGUUUAAAAAGUUUGGAAAUUUGUUUAAGCAAAACUAUAAGGGGGUUGGACAGGUACUUGUUAACAGUAUAGAGCCAUUGCCAGUAGUUGGGCCACCCCUUGCUGCAGCGAUCAAAACCUUUCUGCUACUAAUACCAGAGGCAGACAAACUGAAUGCUAUCAAAUCUGAACUUCAAGGUCUUCAUUUUAAACUGGAAACCUUUCGUGCAGAAUUAAAAUGGGACGCCUGGGCAGCUGGUGCCUACCAAAUUCCAAUCAACAACAUAGAGAAAGCCUGGAUUAAAUACAUUGAGUUAGUGAGUAGUUAUAAAACUACUAACACAGAAAAGGAGGCUCUCAAACAGAAGUUUGUCACAUUUUACAGCCAGUAUGCAGACAGCACUUUGGUCUUACACCAGUUCUUGACAGCUAACCAUGCAUCUAUAACACAAAACCUUGGAGACCUGCUGGCUGAUAGAUUAAGAUGUCAUGAAAAAGAUAUCAAAGUCCAGUUUUUGUAUCUGAAUGAACUUAUGUGUAAAGGCAACAUGCUCAAUGAGGAGUACUAUGAAUUCACAGGCACAAACACCAAUGCCAGGGUUAAUGCUCUCCACAAGAUUGCAUCCCAGUCUGCCUCAGCUUUGACGACAUCACACCAGCGCUGCUUAUCUGAUAGUGCUGCGUACAUAGAAAGGGACAUCUUUGAGCGCAUUGAUGACACAAAAAAACAUGGAGAAAUAGAGCGACAUAUCAGGGAAUUUUUGGCCGAAACUUAUGACAGGUAUGACUGGAUGGUUGUUGCAUUUAUGACCCACAACUCAAAGCAUGACCUAUUAAUACUAAACAGACAUGUUGUGUCAGGAUUUACGAAGGUAGAGAGAGGAACAGUUACAGUGGCUGUAGCCAAACAGGUUAAAGGCGGUUACACCAAGACUGCCGCUAUUAAAAAAGCCAUUACAAAGUGCUUACCUCAGAGCUUUAAAAAUUGUUUAAAUGUAGCAGAGAAACUACAAAAAUGUCAGGAAACCAUUUAUGGAAAACGCUUGUCCCAGACAUACACAGCAGUGCAUGCCUUUAAAAAGGAAAGAAAAACACUUGAAGAUGAUGAGGACUCUGUUACCCCAGUAAGCUCAUCUCUGACCAACCACCUCUUUACCAGGGACUGUGGGAAACUUUUGGGGAAGUUUACCAUCUUUAUUAAAAGUGAUGAAGAGCUAGGGAGCAGAGAAGAACUCUGCUCUGAAGUAAACUGUGGACAAAAUGGCAAGUGUGUUGUAGUGCAAGGAACCUUCAUAGCAAUUUGUGAGUGCCAAUACCCAUACUAUGGUGAGCGCUGUGAAAUGAGACUGGAGAGUUGUAAGAGAAGCCUCCAGCAGGGACUAGUAAGCAGAACCCAAAGCCCAAACCUUAGAUCUCAGCAGAGCACCCCACGCCGUUCUUCUAAUCAUGGGUCUCGGCAGAGCAUCAUAAAUGGCUUUGCUGACCGUCUAAGCAGGAAACCGAAAGGAGCUCUGCAACUGGAAUAUUGAGCAAUAGCUCUCCACAGCGCAUACUGCAGGGCUCUGGACAGUCGUUUUGUGGUUCUCAUUUUGUAGAUGAAACCACUGAAUUUUUCUAAAGUCUUCUGUCUCCUAAAACAUUAAGAUUUAGAGUCUAUAGUCAUGCUAGCAGCUCUGCUAUUCUGUACUUGGGCACAGCAAUGCUUUGAGUUAAAUGGUAACAUCAGCAUGCUAACAUGUUUAAUGACAAUGACAACAUGCUGACGUUGUCAUGACUACCAUGAUCAUCGUUGUAGAAAACUAACAAAGAAAAGGUUUAGAUGAAAUGAUAAUAUAAAAAUACACAUUUGUUCUAACGACAUGUGAAAAGUUCGAUUACAUUCAAUUCUAAAAAUGUAACAGUGAUUUAUGCUCUUUAUUGAUGUGAUGACUCGCUUACAACUUUGUGUGACCUAUGCUGAUGUAAUCACCCACUGUCCAGAAUAAUCUUGCAUGGAUUUGAAAAAAAGAAGUUGAGAUUCUUUUGAGCUUUGAGCCUUAAAUUGCUGGCUAAUAAAAUUUGUUUUCAAUGUAAAUGUUGUUUUACUUGUUUGAAAAAAAAUGCUCUUAAAAUAAAGUUUCAAGUUUUUGCUGUAAUGAAGAAAUAAUGGAAAUGGAUAUGCCUAACUGGCAUGCUGUACAUGUACAUACUGCACAAUUUGAUAAACAAAUGCUAUUGUUUGUGCUAAUGUUCGUAUUGAGUGAGGACAGACAGCAGAAUGUAAUAGUCUCAUUUG